AUGCUGACAUUCGUUGAGACCCACUGGCCAGCAAAUGUUUUUGGAGCCGUUUGUGGCAGAGGCAGCAGGGCGGCAGCGAGAGAGUGUGCGGCAGCGAAGUGUCUAUACUGCGAGUGUGUAUCGACUGCCACAAACAGGUCGUCGCAUAGCGUCGACUCACACGGCAACGCUCGCAUCCGUCGACUGAUUAUCGUAAUGAAGCCGAAAACAGGACUCAUGGGGAAAUUCUGGAACGACUUAUCCGGUAAGGAGAAGAAGAAGAAGAAGAAGAAGAGGAAGGAGAAGAAGAGAGCGACAGAAAUAAUGUCCAAAUCUGAGGAAACUGUAAGAAAAUCUCAGAGAAGAAGAUCGUGGUGUUCUGGGUAUCCUUUAUCAUUCGUGGAUUCGGCGUUACAAAAACAAACCAGCAAUGAGGAGCCGAAACACAUUGCCAUUUCUGAAGAAUUCAAAAGAGAGCGAGAAGGAACAUUUCAAAAGAAGUCAUGCGUUCUGGGAGGUGACAACAUUUCACCCGAAUUUGAAGUCAAAUCAGAAGUGCUAGAUGAAGGUCUUAUAUCUCAUUCCAUGCAAGAGAAGUUAGGCGUAAUGAUUUCAUCCAGUGGCAUCAUUCUGUCUGAAACCGUCAUGGACGAACUUCUACGGCUGGGCCUUUCUCAGAAGGACAUUAUCCUGAACGAUGACUGUGAUGAAGAGACAAAGGACCAGGCGUGGAAUUUAAUUUAUGAGUUCAUGCUGGGAAUCACCAGUGUGAUACCUCCAGUCGAUGAGCUAAAGGAAGUGUUUAGAAGGAAAGUGGUGCAUAUUAGCGAUAUUGUCACAAGACACACCAAGGCCGACGUUUUCUCUGUGCAUGGCUUUGCUCGAUAUAUUCAGAGCAUUGUGAACAAAUACUUACCGGAAGAGCGAUUUUCUGCUAAGGAAAGAGAACUUGGAACAUAUAUUUUGCGAAAAUCAUUUUCUCAAUAUGAGUCCACACCACCGCUUGCGAAAAGAUCGCGUAUGGCUGAUGGGUAUACAGUGGAGUACUAUGAUGAUAACUCACGACCUGAGACCUCCAAUGGAAGCGGCGGGAAGACUUCAACAAGAAUCGAUGUCAGUCAGCAUGCAUGUUGUCCCUGUCACAUUGGAAAUGACUGUCUUAAAAAUUCGCUAUUGGAGAUGGUAAAAGUGAGGCUUACUGACUCGUUGGCAACUCUCUACACGAAACUAAUCUGGGUUAAGCUGGCUAACUAUGAGUUACAGUAUCAGCGUCGCAAUGAAAUGAAGUGGGCUGACAUGGACGAAAAAUGCUCUGUUCGUGAAUUAAAUGAGCUUAACGUUCACCCGACUGACGAAUUUACUGAGUUUAUUGAGGGUUCAUAUUCAAAUUUUCUGAACAGUUAA